AAAUUACAAUUAUUAUUUCCAAAAACAUCGUCCAAACCCGGAUUUGUUAUCGAACCGGCUGAGAUUGCUCUUGUGGGCCCACCUUCCGACGGUGGCAAAUGGAUCUUUCCGGUCACCACCGUCCCUUAAUUUCGGACCGCGUCACCGUCAACGGCACCGUCACGCCGCUUGCUCUGCUCGCUGACGGCAGGCUAUGGUGGUCGGAGGGAAUCCAACGCUGCAUCUCCGUCGAGAAAGAGCUUCUCGGCUUCGUCUCCACUGGCUCCUACAUCAAGCUCAAGACCCUCGUCGAGGCACGAGAUGGGUGCUGCACCACCGGGGCUCCAGGGAGACUCGUUCGUAACGACGUCGUUUUUCAACCAUCCUCCAAUGAGUCGCACACGCUCUGGUGUAACAAGCUUCGUGAAUUCAUCGAUUCUCUCGGUCGCCCUAAGAAGCUGUUUGUUUUUGUUAAUCCGUUUGGGGGGAAGAAAUCUGCUGUGAAGAUUUUCGAUGAUGAAGUCAAACCUCUUCUUGAAGAUGCUCAAAUCCAAUUUACGCUCCAAGAAACUAAACAUCAGCUCCAUGCCAAGGAAGUUGCUCAUUCCCUAGAUAUUGCAAAGUAUGAUGGGAUUGUUUGUGUUAGUGGAGAUGGACUUUUGGUUGAGGUUGUAAAUGGAUUUCUUCAAAGAGCGGAUUGGGACACAGCAAUAAAGAUGCCCCUUGGAAUAGUUCCUGCAGGUACGGGAAAUGGCAUGGCAAAAUCUCUUCUUGAUUCAGUUGGUGAUCCGUGUGCAAUAGCCAAUGCUGUUCUUGCCAUUAUACGAGGUCAUAAACGACUGCUUGAUGUGGCUACCAUCACACAAGGGGAAACCAGAUUUUUCAGUAUAUUGAUGCUUGCAUGGGGUCUCAUUGCAGAUAUUGACAUUGAAUCUGAAAAAUAUCGGUGGAUGGGAAGUGCUCGUCUAGAUUUUUAUGGUCUCUGUCGAUUAUUGAAUCUGAGGCAAUACAAUGGAUGUGUUUCUUUCGUGCCUGCACCUGGGUUUGAGGAUUAUGGGGAGCCGACUACUUACCCUGGAAAACCUACCAGCAAAGGUGACAGCAGUGAUCCCAGUGAAGCGGAGCACGUUAAUUUGCAAAGACUUUGUUAUACUUAUCAAGGACCUGAAAUAAACUUGGAAAAUCUGAAUUGGAGAGUUAUAAAUGGACCCUUUGUUUCUGUCUGGCUUCACAAUGUACCUUGGGGUGCAGAAGACACAAUGGCAGCACCUGAUGCAAAGUUUUCUGAUGGUUAUCUGGACUUGAUCAUUACGAAGAAUUGCCCUAAGUUACAAUUGCUGUCAAUGAUGUCAGAGUUGAAUAAGGGAGGACAUGUAAAAUCCCCAUAUGUCACAUACCUAAAGGUGAAGGCUUUCAGCUUGGAACCUGGUCCACGCACCAAGGACAAAGAAAAGGAGGGGAUUAUAGAUUCAGAUGGUGAGGUACUGGCAAGGGGCAAAGGAACUUACAAGUGUGAGCAGAAGUCUUUGAUGGCCUAUGAUAAAUUGCAGAUAACAGUAGAUAAAGGUUUAGCCACACUUUUUACCCCUAUAUAAUACUCUUGGUUUAAUUAUUUUCCUCCUCCAAUUCCAUUCCAUGCAGAUUGUUUCACGUGUUGUUACAAAAUAUUAAUCAUAUCCUUCGAUGGGUAAUUUAUCCUGUACAGCACCAGAUAUAUUGAAAUGAGUAUAGCUUUUAUCAAGUGUCCCUUGUAACGCCAAAUAUUGUUUUAUUAUACAAAAAAACAUUACGAUUUUUUUCA